GGGCGAGGAGAAAGGAACUAGUGGCCAGAGGAGGAGGAGGGUGGGGGGAGAGCGACACCCGUAGCUCCGCUUUACCACCGCAUUCUCGAGCGUUCGUCUCCUCGUACGGCAACUAGGCGAGCGAGAGCACACACGUCGUGUACGCGCCGCAUACCAUUUACUUCGUGUCUCGUGUUUAACCUAGAAUACGAUUUCCCCGGGUUUUGUCAGCGCGCGUACGUGCGUUACACUAAUGACUUAGUCAUUAGUCGAUCACGAUCGACCGAUCACCGCAGUUGUAAGUUGUGGGCAAAAAUAUCCGAGCGUCCGAGAAUCGCAGUUGUUCUUUUUUCUCUGCUCCGCCUCUACGGCGCGUAGCUCGCUUCGAGCGGCCAGUAAUACGCGCUCGCGAAUAAUCGACGAACUCUCGAAGCGUCGUUUCGCCGUGUCUCGAUCCAUGUAGCCCCCACGGCACUCGAGUGAAAAGAAUAAACGCGAGAAACUCGGUGCGUCGAGCAGUCGAACGAAUCGGUUGUUUUCGCUAAGCUCGGCCAAACACAUCGAGUGGAUUUCUUUUCUCGGUAGUGAAGUUGGUUUCUGUGUGGUGUUUAUACGCGGUGAGGUUACCUCGAGCCUCGAGAAUGCUGUAAACAAAAUCGACUUGGUGCCCGGUUCGUUCGUGCGCGUGGGAAAAUCCAGAAACAGGAUAAUAGACGUGUUUAAAGUGGAUGUGAGUGAUAUUAUCGACUUGUACGUAUUUUUUGUGAUUCCGUCGAAUAUUCACGGACGAAGCAGUACAGCAAAAUGAUGGGGAAGAGAACGCAGUGCUACUUGUGCGAUCUGCCCAGGAUGCCUUGGGCCAUGAUCAUGGACUAUUCGGAGCCCGUGUGCCGCGGUUGCGUGAAUUACGAAGGCGCCGACAGGAUAGACCUGGUAUUGGAAUCUGCCAAGCAGAUGAAGAAGGCUCACGGCUUUCAAGAAGCCAGAUCGUCGACGUCCAAGGGUUACAGAACUACCGGGCACACGGAACACAACGGCGCCACUAAUUUGGAUGUUCUACCGAUACAGAAUACUGGUCAGAGCCAUUCGAGGCAUCACAAUAUCGCCGGCUACUCGCAACUUCACCAUCGUAACUCCAUCACGGAAUUCAAUUCCGGCACCACCAGGCAACAGAUCUCGCGGCAACACGAGGAAACUCACGAAAUCGCUAAUGGCAUGAGGAGCAAUAACGUGAGAAUUCCGAACGCCCACCUAGCCGCUGUGGCACAUCACGUGAACCUCAGCCACAACAGAGGCAUCGCACAGCUCAAGCGGGGUAUAUCCACCAUCGACGAAGACGAACACGCGGAGAAGAGGCUUUCCUUGGAAGAACAGCAUCCGGUUAGACCGCCAUUGACCAGGGGCGAAUCCUUGCCAGCUGUAAGCCUCGCCGUCAGUUAUGUUCAGGAUCGAACCAAAGAGAAGCAUCCUGUGAGAGCACCCAGUUUCGAGACUGCCACUACAUUCAAGGCCAAUGGGGCGUACGUUGGCCCGUCUAUUCCGUUGGCGCCAGGAAAUGUGGCAGCGAAUGGCGGAGGUUCCCCUCUUCGUCCACGAACGAGCCCUCCGCCACCGCCACCACCGGCGCAGGAGGGUUCCAAUGAUAAUUCACAGUCGAAUCAUCACCAGGGUUCAACGAAUGGACCGUCCCCUAUGGCAGCGCUCAUGUCCGUUGCUGACAACCUGGCGUCGCCCGAAUCAGUGCCACAACAACCGAAUAAUCCCAGCCCGACCAGCAGAAGCCCACCGACUACUGCUGCAAACGCCCAGCAACGCAGCACCUCAAGGGGUUCGCAACACAGCCCCAACAGCUCAGGACCGUCGGGUAGGAGGUCCAGCGGUUCAAGGCACGUAUCGUCGACGACAGUGACAACAUCGACAGAAGGAGCAGUCGCCCAGGUCGCCGGGGCCGAGCAAGUGUCGGCGCCGAUACUGAAAUGUACACUGUGUCAAGAACGUCUCGAAGAUACGCACUUCGUUCAGUGCCCCAGCAUGACGCACCACAAAUUCUGCUUCCCUUGCAGCCGGGAGAGCAUAAAGAGACAGGGCGCUGGCUCAGAGGUUUAUUGUCCAAGCGGCGAGAAGUGUCCGCUGGCGAACAGCCAAGUGCCAUGGGCGUUCAUGCAAGGCGAGAUAGCCACGAUCCUGGGCGACGACACCACGGGCUCUGGUCUGAAAGUAAAGAAGGAGAGAGAAACUUAAAGAUUCUCGUUAGAGUUUAAUCGGGGCUCAAAUUUUGCACCCUCGUCGAGAGGGGUAUCAUGGUGGAACCGUGAAGGUUCACCGAAAAUAGUUUUGGUAAUGGUGAUCAAUGUUGGCGGUGUGGGCCAACAUAAUCGACUCGAGCCAAAGACGUUUGUCGGUGUAAAUUGGAUUAUCACGGGAGAUUGUCGACGUUGUCAGGGAAAGUGGACGAUUUGAGUUUCCAAGCUUUCGUCGCUUGGACUUUUUUCGAUUCACGGAGGCAACUCAAUUGUUCUCGAUCGAACGUCUUUACGUUCGAUCGAAUUGUUUUCGACUGGUCUUGAGAAGAAGUCUUUGGCAUUUUUGCGCGCUGGCAUCGGUCCUGCACACGUGUACAUAUGGGAUUAUCGUAGAACGGUUAAAUACGCGAGGAAUAAAGGAGAAGAAAAAAAAAAACGUGGUCAUUUUUUGAGAGACGAGGGGGGGCUGGAGAGCGAAUGUGUAACGAAUACGAAGGCGGAGAAAAGUCGCGGAGAGUUGAGUUUGGGUUUGUACUUAGGCGGGAUCGCCUUUAUUUGUUUGUUGUAUCGCGAACGUUCUUGCGUUUUACUCUUUCUUUUGAAAAUACAAACGUACACACAGUCACGUAGACCUUUGUACACGUAUACAAACCUCUACACACAGACACAGACUUCUAUACACACACGCGAACGUACUUUACAGACAUACACAACCCACCCACCCACCCACAAACAAACAAGAAACACUCGAUAUCGCGCGAAGUUGGGCGGUUGUAUUGUACUUUAUUUGUACCCACGCUGCACCGCGUAAAAUCACGGGUCAAUCGAGAGGUUGGUUAGCAGCGUGUUAACCGUCGGGCAAGGAACGACGGUUGUCCUUUUCUAAUCUUUUAUUUGUAUACUCUUUCUACUGUUACACACUCGUUGUACGAUAUGGAAACUACAACACGGCGGACAUAUUCUGACCCAGCGUACGGGUUUUUCUUGUACAUUGUGUAUAUGUGUACAUACCAUGUUAUUAAUAAAACUUACGACUAAAGGAGUAACCAUUUUUAAAUGUACAAAAGAGCAUAUUUGCAUUCGUUUUUGCGUGUGAUCUAUUAAAUUAUUAUUUAUAUUUUUUUUUUUUUUUAUUUUUUUUUCGUCUACUUCUUUUCUCGUGUUUCGGAUUCUCGCGUCCAAAAACCGUGUCGUUUUUAAGAGAACGCGUGUUAUAUAAAUAUACAUACGUACAUAUAUUUCCUUUUUUUUUUUCAAUUUUCGUUUCUUUCACGAGAAAUCUCGCGAAUAUCCGUUGUGUGCAUCUCUGGUGAAACUCGUAAUUACAAAAGAUUUAAAAAAAAAAAAAAAAAAAAAAAAACUCGGAGAACAUUGUUAGAGCGAGGAAGGGCAUGGGAGUAACUGAGGCGAGCAUCGUUCUAAUCCAGUCAUUCUUCACGGAUCGACAUAUCCGAUCGCGGUAACGUCCACUUUCGCCUUUAGUUAAUCGCUAGACUUUAAGUGAGGGCCUUUUGGUUUUUCAUUUCUGCCGAUGGAAAGAAAAGGUAACGCCCGUCGAAUAGGAACCAUACACUCGCUAUGUCUAAAACGUAAAAAAAAAAAGAAGCAAAAAAAAAUUAAUGGAGAAUAAACAAAAAAGUGAAAAAAAGAAGAAAGGCGAGAAAGCAGACAUAGAGUUCUUGCAGGAGAAUUUUCGAGCUGCGAGCAGCUCCAUUUUGUAUAUAACGUAUUUGUACAAAACGGAUCGGCACAUGACGAUAAGUUUGAGGGGGGGAGGGGGGGGGGUGAGCGGCGA